CUGUCUGGGAGAGAGGAGAGAGUAAACUUAUCCUCUGUAAGCAUGCAAAGCAUCAGUGACACCAUGUGCCUCCCCUUAGUUUUUCUGCUGCUGGUUCCUGUGCAAAUGACAAACAUUAUGGACAAUGAAAGGCCGAGGGUGGUUAGAAAACUGGAGGUGCUAACAAAGGCUGAGUGCAAACCAGUUGAGAAGCUUGUGAAUUUGAAGGAGAAGUUGUCUGAUUACGUAAAUCACAUCUACGUACCUUCAUGUGUCCCACUGUUUCACUGCUCUGGCUGUGCUGCUGAUGAGGCUUUGGAGUGCUAUCCAACAGCAGAACGCAACGUCACCAUAGAGGUAGAACGGUCUCGUCAGUUAAUAAACAUCACCUUUGUGGAGCAUCAGGCAUGUGGAUUUAGGAAGAUAGAGAAAUAUAAAAACAAUACAACACAAGGAGGGACAAGUGCACCAGGGACAGACGUUCAAAGGAUAAAGCUCAGAAGGAAAAGAAGAAAAUGUAAAAAGUCAAACUGAAUUUUCUCUUCUGUUGAAGAGGUGUUUUAAAGUGCAAAUUUAAAGUUGCAUCUAUCAUUUUUUUUCUUACUCUUUGCCUGAUAAGAAUAAAGAAAAGAUUAAAUGUUAUGAUAAAAUAGAAUUGUCUACCAUAUUGCUUAUCUCCUCUGUAGACCUUCAGUCCAAAAGGCUGCUGGUGAGCCAUUUCUGGAAGGUCACAGAAAGUUUGAUAGUCUAAACCAAGGAAGAAAUAACUAAAAACAUUUUUGCAGCAGAUGAUGAGAUAUUUCAGGGUUUUGUCCUGAGGGGUAACUUGAUUUUUGCAUACUUUCUGUUUUUUCUUUAGCAAUCAAGCAAAGGUCCAUGUGUUUUCUGUAAAGUGAUUCUUUCUAUUUGACAUUCCUGCUGUUUGUGAGGCCAGAAAAUAAACUUUUUUGUGAUAUCUGAUUUCCAUGAUCCAGGAACCACAUGCAGGAUUUAGAAGACAGCAAUCAAUACAAUAAGUACAACAAAUUUAUAAUAUCAGCAGCUACUAAACAUAAAAAGUAAAGGAUAUGCCACCAGCAUAAAUGAUGGGACUUCCCAUAAUAUUUGGCUACAUGUUCCUCUUGCAGCUUGCAUUUAGUAGAGCAUUCUUCAGCUUUAAAAACCUCUUCCUGUCAUUGUGGCUAAGUGGUUUAAUCUGCGCUUCUUCUGAGAAAACUUUUCCCAAAAAAAGACUUUUGGGUUAACUAAGUGGGUCACUGAACAUUUUGGUCAAGUUAUCGGAAAUACAAUGUGGAGAGCACUGAAAGAGAGGAACUACUUGCUCAUUAGGAACUACUUUUUAAGAAAAAAACUGUAGGUAAUAGAUUGAUUUAUUCAUUGAUUCAUUGACUUUAUUGAUCUCACAAUGGAGAAAUGUACUUAUUACAUCGGCUCAAUGGUCAGAUUGGCAAGAGUGCAGAAAAAUACCAAUCCUCCUUAUUAGAGUAUAUUCAAAAGUAGCUAUUAAAUUACUUAUUGUUUCACAUUCAAACAGAAUAAUCACACAAAGUGACACUUUAAUAAGAAGUCCUUUUGUGUGAUCAUUCUUAUCAACAGGCUGCAAGAAAACCAGUGUAAGGGGAAUAAGGCCAUCCAUGUUGGCCUCUAAAUGAUGUCGGCGUCAAGAUCCUGUUUAGCUUAAAUUAAAGGUAUAGUGAAGGAUUUUCGCGUGAUUAAAAAAAAAAAGCACUUGCAAAACCCUGUGCCCGCCUAUUACCGUAAACGUGUAUGAGAGCGUGCACGAGCCCAUUUAUCUCCAUGCACUCUCUGUUUAAAAAUUGCUGUUUGCAUUGCUCAUGCAAGCUUACUUUCCAAAAGAAGAUUUGCAAUUUUUCCACUGUCAGCUUCACAACAAGUAAGUGAAAAUGGGGAUGAGCACUUAGGAUGGCUUGACGUAAACAUAUCACCAGCAUGAUCGAUAAUUAGGAGGACCUCAUAUUUAGAUGAUCCACCCGGAAAAAGAACAUUCUCCACUAUACCGUUAAGUCUAAAAGAAACAAGACUGAUUAAACAUGCAGUGUAAUAUUCUCCAAUGAGCAGAGCUAGUGUGUGAUAAACACUCAAAUAAAACAUGUGUUUUCUGGUAUUUUUAGCCAGCUUCAUACUGUAACCAUUGUUAUGAAAUUCUCCAUUGUCAAGAAGAUCAGAUUGCAGCCUUUUGUUGGUAAGUGGCCUAAAUAGAUACUAUCUGCAUCUGUCUUACUAUGUGGGGAACAAGAGGGAAUCAGUGAAAUCUUGAUCGACAGCUUGCAGCACUGCCUUUAGGGUAAUAUGAGCUUCUCUGCUUCAAAAAGAGGAAUACGGCAGCAGAGAGCGCGACAUGCGUUUUUCAAAUCACUUCAACUAGAAGUUGCCUAUUUUGGGGUUCAGUUCACUGACAGAGUAGUGUUGCUUUCAACAGUCUGCUGGUUUGCAAGAAAGCAUGUCCUCCAUUCUCCUACUAUAUUUUUCAUCUAUGUUUUUGUUCGCUCUACCUAGAGUGGUUAAUGUCUUGCAGUCAUCAAACCAAGAAGGCAUUUUUUUCUUCUGCAAAAUUCCUGUUUUUAUUAAUUAAAGGAAAUGGAUCAGAUUUUGAUCCUGGCACUAUUUGUUUUGAAACAAAGUCUGCUCAGUUUUUACCUGCUUUUAUUUAAGAUUUUGACAAUGUACAUAAAUAAAAUCACCUUUAAUACAGAGGUAUCUUGAUUAAAGCAACA